UGAGCUAAUAGGCAGGUAGUAAAGUACAUAGACAACAACAAGCCGUGCCUUGUUUAAGACUGCCCUGAACAAGUUAACCUAGUUGUCGGCCCAACGAACAGUUCAGCGCCCAUUUCACCACUACGUCUUUGUUGUUCUAUUCUGGAGACAAGCUAUGAGGCUCAACGUUCUUCUUCUGGCCUGUCUGGCAGCAGCCCUGUCUUCUGCUGUUGUACUUUCAGCUCCACACAUGUGGUCCAAGCUGAUUCUCACCCACCACUGGCCCAACACAUUCUGCUCUAUGGAAAAAUGUCACCUGAACAUCAGCUACUGGGCAGUUCAUGGACUCUGGCCAGAUAAAGGGAUUGACUGCAAUUCAUCGUGGCAUUUUAACUCUUCCCAAAUAGAGGACCUUCUUCCAGACAUGAAGAAGAGUUGGCCUGAUUUGCUUGACCCUUCAUCUUCUAGCUUCUGGAAGUACGAGUGGCACAAACACGGCACAUGUGCAGCCAAAGCAGCUUCACUGAAUAGUCAAUAUAAAUACUUCAGCAAGGCCCUGGAGUUAUACCAUAAAGUGGAUUUGAACAGCAUCCUGAAGAAAUAUGACAUCGUCCCCAGUGAAAAAUACUACACUUAUUCUCAAAUUGAAGGAGUAAUUGAAAAUGUCUAUGGCAUCAAACCUAAGAUCCAGUGCGCUCAUCCUUCCAAGAAUGCUGAUGCGCAGAUUUUGGGGCAGAUCGAGAUUUGUUUUGAUGCUGACUUUGCACUCCUCGACUGUGAGAAGCGGGUAACGGUGGGAACCUUUUCUAAGGGAGGUUUUGGUGAUCAGAGGGACGUUGCCAAAGGGUCUGGAUUCAUUGUGUGUGACCACAACAUACCAAUUUAUUACCCAUCUCAUCCAUAAAUGCUUGUAUGUUUACAAAUGUGCUGUAAUUUGGCAUAAACGCACAUAAAUUACACAUUUCUUGAUCCUCAAAGCUGUAUCGAUAAUUGUGAAAAUGAUUCACUGCGGUUUGAUAACUUAACUGAGCUGCAUGUGCGAUUUGGCUUUGCCAGAAACUUGAAGAUAGUUUACCAUCACAUGAGUUGUUGUUUUUAUAUGUAGCAAAAUCCAGGCCUCACGCGUACACGCGACAUUACACCAUUUUGCAGCAUCGGAGUUAACCACAUCCCUGAUUCUCACAUGGAAAUUUGACAAAGAACACUUUUGCACAAUAUGGAACGUCGUGAUAAUGUUUGGUUUCUUUACAAUGGUGUAAAAUGGUCAACUGGCACUUUUUUAUCUGUUUGCCAAGUUUUGCUGUUUGAUUUAUAUUGUUUAGUUUUUUUAGCUUUUCUUUGAUUUGUAUUUGGUUCACAGUGCCUCUUUGGAAUGAUAUUGACAUUCAAAUCAUUGAAUUAUUUUGCACAUAACACUGGGAACGUGCCUUUGAUCAUGGAAAAUGGCAAAAGGCAGACAAAUGUUUAUAACAUCCGUGUAUUUCUAUGCUCUCUAUACUAUUUGAUAAUUAUCACUUACAACCUUUGGAGCUUUGCCAAGUACAUGCACUUAUUCAUGCACUUAUUUCAUUUCCUGGUUAGUUCUGUUGUGUUUAUUUCUGGUGUAUUUAGAAAUUCUAAAAAUGUGGAAAACUGAGGCCAUUGCAUUGGAUGUUGUAAAAGCUUUUUUUUCUGAUCCUACAAACAGUGAGUUAUGUGUCUAAUUAUCAUUUUCUCUCUGUGCUUUUCAAUUGGGAUUAUUCCUCUCUAUAGGAUAAUCAAAUAUAUUUGAUAUCAAAUUAUUGUUGCUUCAUAAAAUGGAACCACUGUAGUUGUCCAGUCUUAUACUGUGUGAGUUUUAAUGGUGAUAAAGAUAUGUUGUCACCGCUCAAAAAAUGAAAUAAAAUGCGCAGUAAUGUGUAAGAAAGUCUUGA